AUGCAUGGUCGUGCUGCACUGCUGCCGCUGGUGCUGUAUUUGUGCACCUUGCACACGGUAGAAGGAGUACAAACACAGCGAAGAUUCGAUAUCGACUUCCAAAACAACACCUUCACCAAAGAUGGGCAGCCUUUCCAGUUUAUUUCCGGUUCGUUUCAUUACUUUCGUGCGUUGCCCGAAUCCUGGAGGCACAUUUUGCGAUCUAUGAGGGCGGCAGGAUUGAACACGGUCAUGACCUACAUCGAAUGGUCAUUGCAUGAGCCGAUGCCGGGCCAAUAUCAGUGGGAUGGUAUAGCGAACUUGGAGGAAUUCAUAGAAAUCGCACAGAGCGAGAAUCUGUUGGUUAUCUUGCGCCCUGGGCCAUACAUUUGCGCUGAGCGGGACAUGGGAGGUUUCCCGCACUGGCUGCUGCAUAAGUAUCCCGCAAUAAAAUUACGGACGUAUGAUACAGCUUACCUGAGGGAAGUACAGAACUGGUACAACCAGCUGAUGCCGCGCAUCGUUCGUCAUCUUUACGGAAAUGGCGGUCCAGUGAUAAUGGUUUCAAUCGAAAAUGAAUACGGUUCAUUCCAAGCAUGUGAUGGCCAAUAUAUGCAGUUCUUGAAGAAUUUGACUGUUCACUUCGUGCAGGAUAAAGCAGUGCUGUUCACCAACGAUGGACCGGAUCUCCUGGAAUGUGGAUCAAUUCCCGGCAUACUGCCGACGUUAGAUUUUGGAAUCACAAACAAUCCGAACGCUUUCUGGCAAAAAUUGCGGAAGUACCUGCCCAAGGGACCGUUGGUAAAUGCCGAAUACUACCCCGGGUGGUUGACGCACUGGAUGGAACCGACGGCACGCGUCGAUGCCGGCAUGGUCGUCAACACGUUGCGGCUGAUGCUCAACCAGAAGGCGAACGUUAACUUUUACAUGUUUUUCGGUGGAACUAACUUUGGAUUUACCGCCGGCGCAAAUGAUGUCGGACCGGGUAAGUACAGUGCUGACAUAACGUCCUACGACUACGAUGCGCCACUCGACGAAGCCGGUGAUCCGACACCGAAAUAUUUCGCUAUCAGAAAGGUGUUGCUCGAGUAUUUUGGCGACCCUGGCGUGCCGGCUCCUGAGAAAUUACCCAAAAUGACACUCGACACAGUAUGGUUGGAACGAAGAGGUUCCAUUCUAUCAAAGCACGGUCGAACGAUGUUAUCAAAAGGCAUGGUAUCUUCCGUACAGCCUGUUUCCUUUGAGGUGCUUAAUCAGCACUCAGGAUUCGUGCUUUACGAAUCGACGUUACCUGCAGAUCUGAAUCGGGAUCCAUUUACGCUUAAAGUGGAAAAGCUUCGUGAUCGCGCUUAUGUGCAUGUUGAUGGGCAAUUUUACGGAAUACUUUCUCGUGAAACCAACGUUGAUGCUUUGCCAUUGAGCGUUGGCUUAGGAUCCCAGUUACAACUGCUUGUGGAGAAUCAGGGACGCAUUAACUACAACAUCCCCAAUGAUUUCAAGGGAAUAUUAGGUUCAGUCACGAUUGACGCGAAGCCAUUGUACAACUGGACAAUCACUAGUUUCCCUCUCGAUAACUUCCGUUAUCUAGAGAACUUUUUAACCCAGCAACCAGCCGAUGGCGACGAUCUAGCUGGUGCCGGCGCACAAGUAUAUUAUGGUACAUUUAUGAUCAGUAACGACACCAUUCAUGAUACCUAUUUGUAUCCGAAUGAGUGGGGAAAAGGAUUAGUUUUUAUCAACGGAUUCAAUUUGGGUCGCUACUGGCCGUUGGCUGGCCCUCAGAUAACGCUCUAUGUCCCCCGGCACAUCCUCACGAAAGGAAAUAAUCAUAUUGUCAUGAUCGAGUAUCAGAAGAAUGUUCAACACCCCUACGUGCAAUUUGUUGAUAAGCCAAUAUUCACUUGA